UGCCUCCAGUCCCCAACUAACAGUAACAGCCUAUCAUCAACCUCGACAAACCUUCCUAUCUUCCUACCCUUCUCUGCUUCAAAUAAGGAACAAACUAUGAUCACCAUAUCGUUCCUUCGAAGAAGAGGUUUCAGAACAGGCGCUGUCCCGGAGAAUGGAGAGUCUGAUUAAGAAACAGAGGGUGAGAUUUUCUGGUGUAGGACAGCAAAACAAAGAAGGGACUGACAACAUCAAAGAUCUAAGGAUACCACCACCCCAAGAAACUGAAUCCUUAAAGAAAGAGAGGAAAAACAACCAGAACUGGUUUUGGAGACAGUCUUCUGGGCAAAUGAAUGAGGAUGAUUCCAGCAAUGGUGGUGAAUACCCAACUGCAGUUGCAGCAGCAGCAUUUGCCAUUUAUUCACUUGAAGAAUCAAGUGUCCCAGAAAGGAAAGAGAAGAGUGAGGACCCUGCAACCUCUUUGACCAAGAUCAAGAGCAAAACACAAGAUAGUGUGUCCGAACAAUUAUCAGGUAAAACUUCCAUUACAAAUGUGGAAGUUCCGUAUAAGGUGCCAAUAACAGCGGCGGCCAAAAGUGAAAAGAUGCCUGAAAAGGCUCUUAGUCAUGCCCCACCCAUCAAAAAGACACCAACUUUCGCGGACAAACACUUGAACAGCACUGCCAGUACAAAGCCCGAAAGUGCAGUGCCAAAACCUGAUCUUCCAUCCACCAAACAGUCUGCAUCCCCACCAACUGAAAUCAGAAGGCAGACUUCAACAAAACCUGCUGGAAUAGGAGAAACUGAGGCAGAUGCUUGGGAGACAGCUGAGAUGGCCAAGAUCAAAGAAAGGUACGACAAGUCAAACACUAAAAUUCACAACUGGCAGGAUAAGAAGAAGGUCAAAGCCAAUCGCGAAAAGGAUAAAAGAGAGAGCAAAUUGGAGCACAGAAGAGCAAAAGACUUGCAACAUUACCAUGAUGAGAUGGCAAGAAUUGACCGGUAUGCAGGAAAAGCAAGUGCUCAGGCAGAAGCAAAUCGAAGAAAUGAGGAAAAUAAGGUGAAAGAGAAGGCAAAUAAAAUCAGAUCAACAGGGAAAGUUCCAGCAACAUGUUUCUGCUUCUGACUCUCACUAACAAAGAGGCCCCCCUGGUCAAACAACAAAUUGUAAAUAACACACAUACAUGUGUAUAUAUUUUUCUAACUAAUGCUGUAGUAAACUCAACAGGUGAAACCAGGUUGCAUGAGCCGGCUUUCUAUGUAAAGAUGAAUUAAUAAAUGAGCUUUAUGCUAUUCUUGUGAUAA